GUGUGUCUGCAGGUGUGUUUGUGUGUUCAUGCUGAUGUCAAGAAGCCAGCUACUCUCAUGCCAAAAAAAAAAAACCAAACGCUGUGCAAUCAAAUGAAAUCAAAUCCGAUCAAGUCAGACAUUAUUUGUAAAUUUCUAUCAUUCCAAAAUAAAGUAAAGUGCUAUAAGAGAAGGUCUGGGCUGCUCCCCCAGGAAGAUUUUGAUUAUUAGUGCCGUCUAUUUGCAUUUUCCAGCCAUGUGAGACAUUAUUCCAUCUGAUUUAAAGCAGGAUUUAGUUCAGGAGGAGCCCCCGAAGGACCGUUGACGGGGAAGUCCACUUCCUUGUUUUUCUGUUUUCUUUAGAACAGCAGCACAACACUAUGCUGAAAAAGCCCCUCUGUGCCCCCCAUGGGAGCUGUGUCAGUCAUCUGUAGUGUUAACCAGCUGAUGAGAAGGAAAACUCUUUCCUUAUAUUAUUUAAGAAAAUGAAAAAGCCUAAAAGUGCUUCAUAAAUGGUUCAAAGACGUCUUUAAGGUCGACAAACUAUAAACUCAAAUGAUAGCCUUCUGAGAAAACAAGGUCAGAUUGACGGAAAAUGGCGUUUUUUUUUCCUGAUUCUGCCUCCGGGUGAUCAAGGUUUACAUGAAACCACAACAGCCUGAAAACCUAAUAUUAGUUUGGAUUCUACCCAUAAUGUCAGUGACAGUAAAGAUGCAGACAUCUAUGCUGGCCUUCUGACAGUCUCAGCAACACUUGUAUUCAACUGGAUGUGGUGAGUCCAGCAGGUUCAUCCUCCAGCUCUGUCUGCAUCCGGUUUAAAAUCCUCACAUUCCCGCUGAAGACAAACAAUUACUAUAUGGCAAGGAGCCUUCUAACCUUUACUUUCCAAACAUAAAGAACUACUCGCGACUGGCCGGUGGUGAUUUUAGACACGGAUUGAUUACUGGAUGGUACUAAAGCAAACUUUGUUGGUCAUCAAUAAUUAGCUGCCAACUACUUUACGUGAAGAAGGUGAAUUUGUUUUGGGUGCUGCCUACAUUUGAGGCUCCAGACAUUUUGGGUUUAAACACCACAGUAGUAUUUUAUGGUUAGCUGGGCUCUAUGACUAUACAUGUAGAGGAUUAGCUCAACCGUUACCUUGGGUCUUUGGUUAAACAGCGCCGGUCACUACAGUACAUUUACUGACUUUGGGUCAGACAGUAUCGAUACGUGUCUUGGUUUGAUUUAGCGGCACUGACUACAAUAGCCUUACUGAAUGUAUUUAUUUUUAGUUUUGGAAAUUCACUUAAAGCUUUUGGUGAAGUCAUGGAAAAGCAUUGCUAAAACAGCGCAUGAACCCCCCCAAUGCCACUUGUCAGGCUACCUCUGGUGAGCACAUGGACAGCUGUGCGGCCCCUCCAUAGAUAUGCCCCCCCAAACCGCUACCGACCCACCGCCAAACCGGUGGUGCUGGACGAUGUUGCAGCAGCAGAACCUUCUCCACGGCGUCUCCAGACUCUGUCACGUCCGUCACACGUGCUCAGUGUGAAGCCGCUUUUGUGAAGGGCUCCAACCGCCAGUGGCGAUUGCGUGCAUAUGUAUUUAUGUUCUGAAGUAUUUUACAUAUUACGUAUAUAUGUUUUCGAAAAUAAAUUGUUAGCCUUCAUCUUGAUAUUUGUUCAUGGUUUCUUUACGUUUUACUGGUCAGAACCAUGCCCCUGAAACCGUGACACCGUGAUCCGAACAGUAAGUUUUGAGAUGCGUUGCACCGCUAGUCUUAAUUGUCCGGCGCGUUUGUUUCCAAAAAGCUUUGACACUUCGCCUCACGCUAAAAGGAGCUUUUGAAAAGAAAUCAGAAAUCCAAUCAUCCAAAUCGGGACGUCUGUAUCAUUUUUCACAGAGCUCAGGCUCCACGUGUCUCGUGGAUUGUUGGUGUCUCCAGCCUGCAGGAAGAGUCUGCUCUCCCAUCCUCAACGUGGAAAAAGUUUGGUCAAUCAAAUUUACAGACCAGACUUUUCAUCAUCUAAACCCAGUAGCCUGUUUCCACUCAGUUUAAGCUAAGAUGGUUCACCAAACAUUCCCAGAUGUGUCUUUUCUACACCCCCCAGGGAUAAAAAGCGUAAUCAAUCUGUUGUGUUUCUGUUUCAGAGUGCUGAGGGAUGGAGAUUGUCUAUUAUCUCUAAGGUCUGACCCAGGAUCCAAAAUGGCCUCCCCAGCACUAACCGCAUGUGUUUGCAUCCUGCUGCUGCCUACAGUUAGAGGUUUGCGGUCACAGGACAGAGAGGACAGACUCUGUGCCUUCAGCCACUAUCCUCACAGGGUGGAGUCUACCUCCACCGAUGGGAUGGCAAGAGGGGGGAAAGAGAAUGGCACCAUCCACUGCAGCCGUGGUUCGAGCUGCUAUGGAUUAUGGGAAAAAAGAGCAGAUGGAGAAAUGCUGCUCUUGAAGCAAGGUUGUUGGACAUUUGUUGGUAACCGGCAGGAGUGUCAUGACGACGGCUGCUUUUUGGCAACAGCAAUAUCUUCUCAAAUGCAGAAAGCCAACUAUCAUUUCUGCUGCUGCAACCAGGACCUCUGCAACACCGACUACACUAAGGCCCCGCCCACCACCACCUCACCUGGCCUUAAGCCAAUCAAGAGAGACCACGGCAAUCAGACUGAUCACCAGUUCACAUCAAAGGAGUCAACCCUCAUCACCGUGGGAACUGUUGCCACGGCUACCAUCGUCCUCGUGGCUCUACUGCUGGGGUACCGCAUGAUGAAAAGGAACCAGAAGAACCGUCCGUCUGCUGCAGGGGUGAUGAAAGCAGCCAACACUGAGGCUACCAUGGAUGUGGACGGCUUGAAACUGCUGGACGUUGAGAAGAACCUGAGGGAAAUGUCUGAUGAUUACCUGACGGAGUUUAAACCGUUUGAUUCCCAGCUGCAAGCAACAAACUGUGAAAGACUGCAAAGCACUGAGGUCACCAGUUUAGAAACAACGAUGAAGAGUCAGCAGGGCAGUGCUGGAUCGACAGAUAGCUGUCUCUUUUCCACCAUCCACCCCCCCCAGACUCUGCCUCAGAGGCCCACCAGUCUUUACCUGCCCCCUAACAAGAAGAGCCCCGCUGCCUCAUCUCGACCUAAGCUUGGAAAGUUGAAGUUUCUCCAUGAACAGGUGGAAACGGGUGUUGCAACGAUGAACACGGUAUCAGAAGUUUCUGUUAUGGCUGGGCCACACCUGGUAACCACGGUUACCAACGACGCCAUCAUGAGGAGCAGCUCUGUCAACGGGAAGGGAGGCAACUCUGUUUGUAGAAGCACAGGCGAAAGUGUCCCAACCCUGGUAGCAAAGUCUGUGAUUGGAAGAGGAAGAAUCAACCCUGCAGGACCUCAGGAUAAGGAGGAGGAGGAGGAGGUGAAGCUGGAAAUUGGGAUGCAAGGAGAAGAGAGCCACCCGAUUCUGCUCAACGGUGGUCCUGAAGAACAUGAACCUCUGCUGAGGAGCGAGCAGCUUCCUGCAGAGACUGAACUCCAUCCUCUCCCUCAAAACCAAGCUGGGAACAUCUCGACAGGAAUGGCCUCCAAUUCCAACAACAACAACAACAGGCCAGCAUCACAAAUGGAUCCAGGAGGAAGAGUUGGUGUUUUGACAGCGGAUUCAGAACAAGCAGCUCAGACUUUGACUGGAUGCCCUGCCUCAGUCUCUCAGCGGGAACGUGAAGUCCUGUGUUCUGGUUUGAAGAGUCAAGUUUUCUACAAUGGUACACUAACAGUUCAGGUUCCUCUCACCAUCUCCAAUAAGGCUGCCGGGUCAGGUAAAGGCCCUCAUCAGAAAACUGCAGAAAAUGGUUCAGCUUUGGAUUUGACACGAAGAGAUCAGCUGCUUAGGUCAGCUGUCGUCAUCCGUUCAUGUGACCCAAAAAAUCAACUUGGCGUUUCAGAAAAAGCUCUGGAGAAAAACGUUCCAGCGGCGCUAAAAGCCCAACUCUCACAGGAACAAGAUCCACCAUCCAAAGCUUCACAUCCAGACGCUCAAACACCUUCAUCUUUAAAACCUCCAGUUCUGGAAGAUCCCUCGACCUACAGAGAAGCUUCACCUUUGACCCCAGAAACGGCAAUAUCUGCCAGUCUUGAUAAAGGUUCAAAUUUACAACAUGAAGAUCUACCGAUUCCAACAGGACAACCAAAAGCACCUGAUUCCAUGCAGUUCCAAGUGCAGCAUACCAAAGCCAGGAGGCGGCCCUGCUCCUUAGAGUUGUCUUCAUCCUGCAGCUCCUCAGGUUAUGUUUCCAUGUCCAGUGAUGGCAGCUUAAGUGCCACAGGAGAGAAAAUAAAACAGCGCGUAAAGACUCCGUACACCCUGAAGAAAUGGUGCACAACCUCAUGGGUUGUGUCUGCGGACACCUCUCCUAGUUCAGACAUUGAAUGCAACACCAGAGCCAGUGGCACCUGUCAAGAUGCCUCUGGUGUUCGGAGAGGAGGUGUUGGGAUUCACAAAAUGAACCCGUUUAAAUCCAGCACGACUGCCUUUGUGGUUGGAGCGGCAGACAUUGCAACAAAGACCUCUGAGCAUGAACGGUCUGCCCUAUCUCAUUUUUGAGAUUCACCAUCUCAGUUUGACUUCAUCUUCUUUUUUCUUCUGUAGUUGGAAUUGUGAACCACAGUUUGUUACUUGAUGUGUUUUCAGCACCGUAGGGGACAGACAUGAACCAACCCAAGUCUGUAGUACAGCUAGGACCAUAGGCUAUGUCCCCCAAUGGAUUUAUACACAGAGUAUAACUCAGUAGAAGAAAGUGAACAACCAGAUAAUUAUUAAUUAUAAUGAAUAACCAGAUCAAUAUUACCUCAACAGGAAUAGGGUUCUUAUGUCCUAUCAGCCACUUCUGGCUCCUAAGGUUAUAAAUGCCAAGGCUCAAGCUCUCCCUGACAGGAUCCAUAAGCCACUGGGCAAAAGGUGGGGCCUUAGUAACGCUUGUGGUAGGUGAGAGAUGCAGAGUUCUUAGUCUCUUAAUCUCAGUGUCAUUGUUUUCUUUGUGUUUUUGGGGAGAAGAAGCAAGAGGGAACUCUUGGUAACAGGCUGGCCUGAUUGGACAGAAAUCCUGUUCAGAGGAUGUGACUUACAGAAACAAACGACUCCUCCAGACGGAGGAAACGGAACAGAAGGGAGCAUGGCGGCAGGGGUGAAAGGUGUUCAGUUCCACAAAAAGUACUUUCAACUGCUAGCAAGCUGGUUGGCUUUAAGAUGGCUGAUUGGAGAAUGAAGACUCCGCCCACACUGAACCAAGACUCCAAAAACCUGAUAAAAACAUAGAAGUGGAAAUUGAAGUUCAGUCUCUGCACCAAGCAUGUGAGACGACAGUAAAACCUCUUUUCCAUCAUCUCCUUGGUGAGGGGGGAAGAGAGCCCCCCACCCCCCGUCCGGGUGCCACACCAGUGCAUCCCAGCCCUGGUUUUUGGGGAACUCUGUGCUAAACUUUUUCCAUGUUGACCUGAUUCAGCUGCUCAUCAGGCUCUGCAGACGGAUGAUGAUGAUAGUCUUUGAGCAGAGAAGAGCAGAAUAAAUGCAGCACCGUGUUCCACAGAGGACCAGGGCUUGGAAACACGGUGCUGUUUACGUUCAAUUUAUGGUACUUAUUCAGACAUAACGGCAUUUUUUGACACACAUUUGUGGCGUAAUGAAACAACGUCACAACUGUUCCGCAUUAGGACGGCACUUGUGGUUGUAUUUUUUUUCAACAUGCUUCAAUGUUCCAGGAGGCAAAAAUAAUGCUGUUUUUUACCCUCAUCUUGGGACAACAUAACGUGUGUAAACUAUGUGCCCCGUUUGAAACCUAUUUAACCUGCAUUUUGAAGGCCAUUCUGCGUUUUUUACUUAGCGUUUUUAUGACAUAUUUUGCCUGGCAUACCCCCAGUGACGCACACGGAUAAUUAAACUGGGUGUGAACAAGGCGGAUACAUGGAGGAGAGAAGAAGGGCCAAUGCCUAGCUUUCACUAAAGGGGAGAAGGACGAGCAAUCUGCUUCUGAAACACACAAAACCCAGGUUGUGUCUGAAUUCCUUACUUACUCACCAUACAAUGUUGUGAUUACAUUUUGUGCGGCCGUCCAAAUCUACAUUUUUUCCCAGAAGUCUGUGGGAAAUUACAAGUGUGCACUGGUGCUGACUAGACUAAAUAUAGAUUAUAUUGCAUUCCAUUUGAACAGUUUUUAUGAAGAAAAUGUAUUUUAUUUUUUUACAAACCAUUUAAGUAUUCCUCUUCAGAACACAGUGGAUUCAUAAAUAGUCUUUGUAAAGUGAUCAUAUUCAGUAGGUUUAGGCAGGGGGGGGGGUCACAGGUCUUUUUUUGUCCCAGUCUUGUGUGUGAAAGGCUGCCUGAAAUGUAAUUUACCAAUAGCAUCUAACAAUUAUUAAUCAUUUAGUAGAUCAAAAUGAUCAUUUUAAAAAAUAGGAUGAUCCCAUGGCAAGGAAAGACACCAUCUACUCCAGGAAGAGGUCUGAGCGGGUGUGGAGGGGGAGGGAGUGAGCAGGGCGAGGGGCUUUGUUUAGAGUAGCACAUUUUCUGAUAAACAAGAAAGCCAGUUACUUUUGUGCAAAUCAUUAAUUAGAAUAUGUAAAAAACAAUUACAAUUGAUAUGUGAGCAAUCAAUUCAUAGUGCAAAAAAUAACUACUGCUAAUUAUCAUUAUCUUUACUAUUACUAUACUAGUCUGUGGUUUGCUUUUUGGGAUAUUUGCAGUAAAGAGGUCCUGUGUAACCCUUUUUACCACUUAGACUCCAUAAAAAAGCCUCAUCCUCUAAA